AAGAAAUCAUUUUCUCCGCAAAUGUCUUUCCUGCUGCCAAUUGGAGCCGCUGUCGGCACUAUUUUCUUGGGUGCCGCGCAAGGCGUCCCGGUCUCCCAAAUCCCCGGCGCAUCGAUUGACUUUUACUUUAACCGCGUUGCGGCUGUUGUGGGCAGCGAUUCAAUGACCCUCAGCUACUGGGAUUCCUUGGAGCUUCCCGGAGUCCCAUUCACCUUCGAUUCGAUGAUCCGUGGUGGUCUUGUGCUGACGGCGGCCGCACUCGUGAGCAGCAUUACCGUCUUCUUCCUGGGACUCGUCGGGAUGAAGACAAACCAAAAGCUUCCCUACUUGCUCGCGACCGUGUGUGCCUUCCUGGUCAUUCUGUUCGGCUCUAUCGGUCUCGGUAUUCACCGCAAGUAUGUCGAAGACCUGCUGGAGAAUGCUGGAUCUCCCGAGAGUCCCGACAACGGCCCUGGCUUUGCCCUUCAAAUCGUGGGCAUCUUGAUCCACAUCCCGAUUGUGGCGAUCGCCCUCAUGCUCGCAUCUAAGGCGAGUGGCGACUCCCCGAGCAAGGCGUAAUCGAGGCCGGCGCUGCUUCUUAUCAAAGAGUGUGUGUGUGUGUGUUGGUGGAGCAAUGGAUUGUCCGUCACUGUUUGACUGAUCAAACGAAUACAAUCGACAUUUAUCC